AUGCCCGCCAAACGACACGCGGCCUCAACCACCUCCGCAGCACCAGCAUCACCAGCGCCCAACACUCCAACAGCACCUUCAAAAACGCUCUCCUCGGGCCCCGCAACCCUCAAAUCCAAUGCUUCCGCCGUUGAAAUUGCCCAGCUCGUGUGGCAGCAGUACCUCUCCUCAACGCCGCAGCGAACCCUCCUCCUAGAUGCCUUCAUGGCGUUCCUCGUCCUGGUCGGCGGACUGCAGUUCCUGUACUGUAUUCUGGCAGGCAACUACCCCUUCAACGCAUUCCUCUCUGGCUUCAGCGCUGCCGUCGGCCAGUUCGUGCUGACGGCUAGUCUGCGCAUGCAAACGAGUGAACCCACUGGACAGAGCAAGCCUAGCUCGAAGGGGAAGAAUGCGCGGUUUGCGGAGGAGCCUGAGGACCAGGGCGCUGUGACGGCAUCGCAUGAGCGCGCCUUCGCGGAUUAUAUCUUUGGAAGCUUGAUUCUACACUUCUUCUGUGUCAACUUUAUUAACUAG